AAAAUGCUUUUUCGAAACCUGCUCUUGUUUCUCACGAUAAGCUCAUUCAUUUGUGUUGCUGAAGCUGGAAAGAUCCACAGACAUCUGAAGAAAAUUGGAAAGAGAUUCGAAAAAUGGGAGAAAACCGAAGAAGAAGUGUUCGCCGAAAAACUGCAACAUUGGAACGAGCAAACCGACAAGCAGGUGAAUGACACAAAAUGGUAUUUUGCUCAGAAUAUGGUCACUUCAUUUGUGCAUUCAUCGUCUUCUGAAAAUGAGUUCUACAGUGAUGCAAAGGAUUCGAUCGACUCGAUGUUAAGUGAUGAUUUGGUUGCAGAAAUUUGUGGAUCAAAUGAGAAAUUGAAUUCCUUCAAGUACAGUCUUUAUGUAGCUCAUGAGAGUUUGAAGAUGAAGAAAAUCGAUGAUUCUGUGCAUGAUUCGGUGCAAUAUAAAGUGAAAGACACCCCGAAAGACACUCUUCAAGUCGUCUUCAAAUUCGAGCAAACCACUAAAAAAGACGAAAAGUCCACAGUUUUGUUUGACGUAACUAUGAAAAUUACGUUCCCAAAGCACCUAAGACCCAACUUCUUGAUCACGGAACUCCAUCAAGGCGGAAGUUGUGCAGAUCAUGGAGUUGUUGGAUACGCGAUGCUUGAUCCAGCAACGGAACCUCUAAAAGCUGCUUCCAGUGCCAAGGGAUUGUUCUAUCUAUUCACUCCGAGCUAUUUCAAGUACAUUGGUGUUCCGUUGAAUAAGCUUUCAACAAAUUGGCUCUGGGCACUGGAUCCCAAGGAUCUUAAAGUGGAAAUUUGUCACCAAAAUGAAGAGGCUCCAGUAGAAUAUACUAGAGAACAACUUUAUUCGUCCACGUGGUGACCUUUCCACGUCUACACCGACGACCACAAGACAGGUGUACAACACCGCCCAACAGGAGAUGCUCAUCGAAUCAGUCUUAACUUUUCCUUACUUUUUGUUCUCCGUUCUUUUGUGUAGUCUACUAGAUCUUUGUCAAUAAAUACUUA